GAUCAGUUGUGGGCGGAGCCGGGCAGAGGCUUGUGUAGUAGUAAUUCUUGCUUUCUCCACUGUGUGAAAAGUAACCGGAUGAGCACCGAGAUCUUCACGUCCAGAUGUAGCAGAGCUGGGUGGGUGUGAGGUUUAUUAAGCAAGAAAUUAGUUAUUUUUCUAUCUGACCUAUUAAGGAUGGACAAAGGUAGUAAACAGAUUGGAGAAAGAAUAUUGAACCUCACCCUAGAGAUAAUCUACCUGCUGACCGGAGAGGAUUACAUAGUAGUGAAAAAGAUAUCUGAGGAAAAAGGAUGGAGCAGAAGAAACCAGGAUCCUGUCACAUUGUCUUCUCUUCACUCACUGAUACAAAAAGAAAACAAUUAUAAGGAGAUCCUGGAACUCAUCAGUCAGAUCACUGAGCUGCUGACUGGAGAGGUUCCUGUAAGAUGUGAAGAUGUCACUGUCUGUUUCUCCAUGGAGGAGUGGGAGUAUUUAGAAGAGCACAAGGAUCAGUACAAGGACUUUAUGAUAAAAAAUUACCAGACUCUGGUAUCACCAGAUGAAUCCAGAAAGAAAGAAACACAAGAGAGAUGCCUUAGUCCUCCAUAUUCGAAAAGUUAUUCAGAGGAAAAUCUUAAUGUCUCUACAGAUCUUCAGAUAAAAAUUCUGGCUGAUAUCAAAGUUGAGGAUAUAACAAAAGAAGAAGAGACUUAUGUUGGUGUAACCCAGCUGUGUAAAGAGGAGAAAAUUGCUAAAGAGAUUCGCACUGUUGAUACACCCCUAUGUUUAGGUGCAAGAAAGCGUGGAUUUACCAGCAGACGCCAUUAUAGGCUCAGCAAGCCAAGGAGCAGAAGCAUCAGUAGCAGCAGCAGCAGCAAUACCCAUAGUAGUGUCUCCAUGUAUUGUUUGGCUCAUUCAGCAACAUGUACUCAUACAAGAGACCAAAAUGCUAAACAUGAACCAAGCCCAGGAAUAACUACUCCAGACAGCUCCUCAAAUAGUGAAGCACCAGAAAAUCAAAUGGAUUUGACCAGACACAUGGUGGAAGAGAGGGGACUGAGGCAUUCGCAGAUGCAAGAGGAGGAAUCUCAUAUUAAUGUUCAAAGACCAAAAAGACGCAAAGGAGUGCGUUCCUCUAUGCAAAGCAGAAGGAAACGCACUAGGGGUCCAGCACGCGUUCAUUUAAGGCCCUCAGAAGAAGGAGAGGAAGGCGAUGAAUCCAUGCCAUACAUUAAUAAUGAACAUCUUAUUACUAUGGUGGAGCAUCGGCCACCACUGUGGGACAAGGAAGACCCCCAACACUCUGACUUAUCUGUGACUCGGGGUCUUUGGCUGGAAAUUUUUGUUGCUUUACUUCCAGACUUCAUUGAAAUGUCAUCCCAGAAGCAAUCGAAUAUUGGCUUAUUUAUACAGAGGAGGUGGCGGUCCUUCCGUGACCGCUUCAUUCGGGAUCUCCGGAUGGAUUCUAAUGUGCAAAAUGGCUCAGAGCCUAUUAGACGGACAGAAUACAAAUUUGCUAAAAGACUGCAAUUCCUGAGGAAGUGCUUUGAGCAACGACAAACCGCACAUGGCAGCACAAGGGCUCUUCCUGAAGUGGUGACAGAAGAAGAGACUUCCAGGGAGCCAUGUGCCACAAAAGCUGCCGAAGGGGUCAGUGACAUUCCCCAGCCAGCACCUCCUUCAGCCUCAACAUUUAACGCUCCAUGCCGUCGUGUAAGCAGCGCUGUCACCCGGGUGUUACGGAGGAAUAGAGCUUGUCGUAGGAAUCAGAAUGAACACGAUACUCUGAAAGCUGUCAUUGGGGAUGGUUUUCAGAGACUGGAAGAUAAUUUCACAGGAUUUAGGACUGAGUUACACAUUGCCAAGUAUUGAACAUUUGACCAAUUUGCUGAAAAGGGUGAAAAAGACCUUCUGCUCUGAUAUGGCUCUCCUAAUGCAGCUUACAUUUCCCAUGAUGUCUCUAGAUCAUCCUUUCUUGAAGCAUACCUUCGUUGAUGGUCCCGUGUGUGUCAGGGAAGUGUUAUAACUGUGUAGUUAUUCAUUGUAAGGACUCCUCUAAUGGACCUGGAGUUCAGUGAUAAAAUAGUUAAAUGGGCACUCGCAUAAAAAAAUGUACUUUGUUUAAAAAAAAUAAAAAUGAAGUUUGUAUUAUGUAUUAUUUGUGUUUAAAAAAAGCUGCCACUAGGUGUCUCCCUACUUGUCCAGAACACAUUUUCCCCCAUCUUUUUCACAGACUUUGGACUCCUGCUGGCAUGGCAGAAGUCCAAAAACAGGAAAUUCUGAGGGGAGGUGUGCAGCCUUAUCCAAUCAUAGCUCAUCUCACACACUGAACUGCUCUGGGGUGUGUGUAGCAGAGUGAGGAGGGAAGUUCUCCCCUGUAUGGCUUCAGAUGAUGUCACGCUUGCUGGGUAACGCCCCUUCCCAGUCUGUGAAUCUGACUGACAUUGAGCAGAAAACUAACAAAUAAUUUAAACAAAGGUAGGGGGUGGUUUAUCAGGAUAGGUUCAGUAAACUGGAAGGAUUAAAAAAUGUAACAAGAUCAUGAGAGGUACUCUUUAAGGCAGAAAUGAUAUCCUCAGCAGAUCUUUGUGUAUUUGGGGUGCAAGGAGGAACAAGGAGGGUGUAGCUGGGUGGUGAGGGGAAGUAUCUGACAGCUGUCAGGAAGGAAGUGAUGAUGGAGGGAUUUAGGAGCUGUCAAGAGGUAUUUAAGUGAUGUUGAUACCAUCCUGUAGUUUACAGUAAGACUAGCCAUAUGCAUAGGACUUGGCCACAAAGUAGGAACUCCUGAUGAAGCCUCCAUUGCUGGAGCCGAAACACGUGGGGUCUUUUCUCAACAACACAGGGGUCUUUUCUCAACCACACAGAGAUGUAGGCAGUCCCGACAUUCACAGUUACAUAUUUGGGUUCCUGAGCGGUAACUACUUUACAGACACAGACUAGUAUUAUUCAGUACUUAUAUUUAUUUACACCUUUGCACUUUUUACACUAUUGGUCUAGAUUUGGCAUCAUUUAUAGGGGGUAUUUAUUCUUUGUUAUUGUGGACAUUUUUCUAGUCUGAAUUAUAUUACUAUUUAUUUGCUAUAGUGACCCAUAUUUUGGAAUUUGAUUAUUUCUUUUGUGUAUUGUGGUUUGGGACUGCUUCCAUUUGUCGUCAGGGGUUAUUUGUUUCCCUUUGUGUGUGACUACAUCCCUCUGCCAGUAUGAUGUGUUUUUAAAUGUUUUUAAUUGGUUGUAUACUCUCCUUUUUUGG